UUUUGAUUUUGGGAUUUGUUUUUCGGCUCCAGAUUUGAAAUUGUUAGUAACAAGCUCGGAUUUCGAUUUCGAUUACUUAAGCUUUUUUUUUUGGUUUCCCAUCAGGAGGGAAUUGAACUAGAUUUUUUUGGUGCUAAAGAUGGAUCCGGAUGCAGUCAAGUCGACCCUCUCGAAUCUGGCAUUCGGAAAUGUAAUGGCUGCAGCUGCUAGAGAUUAUCAGAAGUUGCCUUUUUCUGAAGGAAGUUAUUGCAAUGAGAAGGCGCAAUCAUCAAAUCCUGUCAAUGACGAGGUUGAUCUUGAUGAACUGAUGGAUGAUCCAGAGCUAGAGAAACUGCACGCAGAUAGGAUUGCAUCACUCAAGAGAGAAGUCGAGAAGAGAGAAGCCUUCAAAAGGCAAGGACAUGGUGAAUAUCGAGAGGUAAGCGAGGGAGAUUUCUUGGGCGAAGUCACUAGAAGUGAGAAAGUGAUAUGUCAUUUCUACCACAAGGAGUUUUAUCGGUGCAAGAUAAUGGACAAGCAUCUGAAAACUCUUGCUCCUAGACAUGUGGACACAAAGUUCAUUAAAAUGGACGCAGAGAAUGCUCCUUUCUUUGUCACGAAGCUUGCUAUAAAGACUUUACCUUGCGUUUUGCUUUUCAGCAAGGGAAUCGCAAUAGAUAGGCUAGUUGGGUUCCAGGAUCUGGGCACAAAGGACGAUUUCAGCACGACUAAAUUGGAGAACGUUCUGGUUAAAAAAGGAAUGCUCAGCAAGAAGAAGAAAGAAGAUGAUGAAGACGCCGAAUAUCAAGAGAGCAUAAGGCGCUCGGUUAGGUCUUCAGAGAAUCUGGACUCUGACUCUGACUAAUCUAGCAGUUGACUGCUUGUCUCUGUUUUGCCUUUUACUCCGUUGUUAUAUGGUUACUAGAAAAAGGAAUGUUCGAUAUAAAAUAUCCACACGGUCAAAUGCUAAACAUUGUAUGUUGGUAUAUGUAA